AGAAUGUUGUCAGCUUUGGGUAUUGAAAGCAACUAUAUAUUUUCAUUAGUGUACUAACUUCGUAAGCAAUCGUUUCAAAAAGUAACAAGCAGAAAACACAAGAAUUUAAAAUGAAAGAAUUUGAGAAAAUUAAUAAUGAUGCCACUGACGAGAAAAGCACCCGCUUCCAAAUAAUGAAUUGGAAUGCCAAUGCUUUUUGGGCUUGGGAUAUUGGGGUUGAUACUUGCGCCAUUUGUCGCAAUCACAUUGAUGAGCUAUGCAACGAGUGCCUAUCGAAUAUGUCCGUUGAUUGCCCGAAGGCUUGCGGGGUCUGCCAGCACGUUUACCACUACCAUUGUAUUUCGCGCUGGCUGGCUAAGCGUCAUGUCUGUCCCUUGGACUAUCUCGCCUGGCAAUAUAAAAACUGAGACCAAAAUUCCAAAGUGAGACUAGAGAGUAUAUCAAGAUAUAAAGUUGAUAUCUAUAUACUAUAUACAUAUAUGUAUUCUGAAUAAAUUUAUUGCAUUGAAUUAUAAAA